AUGACCGAGUCGACGGUUCUGCAAAAGUUCAAUUCACUGAUUGAAAAUGGUCUGGUCUUCUAUGAUGACCACCAGCAGAUCAUUGAACAUAUUGACGAUGGCUUGAAGUUCCAAUUCCUUCUCACGUCUGCUCUGUCAAAGAAACCAACCUUCCAGACAAAUGUCCCCCAUCCCGAACGCGACGUCAAUGCAUUCGCGGAGAAACGGGAUGGGAGCGACAUAGAUACUGCGGACUAUGAGAUAUGCCGCAUCGGAGACACUCACUUUCUCGCCGCCAACAAGUUUUGUUACGCGAGGCCGCAUCUCAUGCUCUUGACUCAGGACGGACACAAAAGACAGUACCAGGCACUCAAUCGAGAAGACUGGCAAGCCUUGCACAGUAUUCUAAGCAGUCAGAGUAAUGAGUAUGUUGCGUUUUACAACUGUGGUCAAGAUGGAGGGUGUAGUCGAUUGCAUAAGCACAUGCAGUUGAUACCCAAGCCCAAGGAUAGCUUCGCAGCCUUUCUGGAUGAUAAAGAUGGGAAUGAGCCUGAUGUACCUUUUCAGUGGUUCUACCAUCGGUUUAAUUUCUUGGACAUGUCACCAGAGGGGUUGCUGAGUAUCUAUCAAGACCUCUUGCGAAAAGCGACAGAAGUUGGAGCAGGGCUUUCUGAGAACGCAAAGAAGCUUCCACGUGGAGCUGCGAUCCCGCACAAUAUGCUGGUCACCAAGCAAUGGAUGAUCGUUCUUCCGAGGCGUCGUGCAGCUGUUAACAAAGAAGCUGGCGCGAACGCGCUUGGCAUGGUGGGAGUUAUCGCCGUUGCGACGCAACGGGAGAUUGAUAAUUGGAUAAACAUCGGGCCUGCGAAAGCAUUGGGAGAACUCAGUGUGCCCAAACCCUCUUCCACUACAUAG